GGUUCGGAGGCGGAGCGUGCGGGGCGCAGGUCGCGCGUCCGCUUCCCCUCCCCUCGCCCUGCCUCGCUCGGGCUUCUGCGCUCCUCCCCACUUCAGGCUCUUGUGGCCGCUCCCUGAGUGGAGGAGCGGGGAGCCCCGGAGGGCGGGGGGGUGUGUCGGACGCGUGCUCGCGCUUCCAACCGCCAGCAGCGGCCGCGCGCUCGGCCGGCCCCAGCGGCGGCGCGGGGCCGAGGGGAGGGGGCGGCUCCGGCUGCGGGGGCGGCGCGUGGCGGCCGUGGCUGCAGCUGCGGCGGCGCGCUGGGGCCCCGCGUCCAGGGCGCCCCCCGGUCGGAGCUGCCGCCGUGGCUGCUGCUGCCGGAGCCAUGUACCGCAGCGGCGCCCGCUCCUCCGUCUCUUCGCACCGGCCUAAAGAGAGCGGCGGGGGCGGCCCGCGCACCGGCCGCAGCUCCGGCUCCUCCUCAGGCCCGGCUCGCCGCACCUCGCCGCUGCCCUCCAGCUCCUCCUCGUCUCGGAACCCAGCUCGCCGUCCCCGCUCGCCCUCAGGGCACCGCGGCCGCCGGGCCUCGCCGUCCCCGCAGCGGGGUCGCCGUGGCUCCCCGUCCCCGCCCCGCGGCCGCCGGGCCUCGCCGUCCCCGCCGCGGGGUCGUCGCGUUUCCCCCUCCCCGCCGCGGGCGCGUCGCGGCUCCCCGUCGCCGCCGCGGGGACGACGACUCUUCCCGCCGGGCCCGGCCGGUUUCCGAGGCAGCAGCCGCGGGGAGUCCCGCGCGGACUUCGCCCGGGACGGCCGUGGAGACCAUCCAGGCGACAGCGGCAGCCGGAGACGCUCUCCUGGUCUGCGUUCUGACUCUUCUUUGGAACAGAGCUUAAGAAUCACUGUUGGCAAUGACCAUUUCUGUGUUGGCAUACCAGAACGGCGGCGGCUUAGUGAUCGACUGGGGUCACCAGUGGAUAAUCUGGAGGACGUGGACAGGGAUGACCUGACUGAUGAUUCAGUCUUCACUCGAAGUUCCCAGUGCUCUCGAGGUCUUGAACGAUAUAUUUCUCGGGAGGAGGGACCUCUCAGUCCCUUCUUGGGACAACUUGAUGAGGACUACCGGACAAGAGAAACUUUCUUGCAUCGUUCUGAUUAUAGUCCCCAUAUCAGUUGUCAUGAUGAGCUGUUGCGGGGAACAGAGCGGAAUAGAGAUAAACUCAAAGGCUCCUACUCUGUACGACCUGAGGAAAGGAGCCGGGAGGCCAAACGGCCCCGUUAUGAUGACACAGAGAAGAUACAUGGCAUGGGCGGUGAUCACUCAGGUUUUUCAUCAGGGACCCGCAACUAUCGACAGCGUAGACGAAGCCCAAGCCCUAGGUUUCUAGAUCCUGAGUUUCGAGAGCUGGACCUUGCCAGGCGAAAACGAGAAGAAGAGGAAGAACGAAGUAGGAGCUUGAGUCAGGAGCUAGUGGGAGUUGAUGGUGGUGACACUAGCUGUUCUAUUCCUGGACUAUCAGGUGUCCUAACAACAUCAGAGCCAGGGUAUUCUUUACAUCGCCCUGAGGAAGUAUCCGCUAUGCCCAAGAAGUCAAUUCUGAAGAAACGGAUUGAGGUGGACAUGGAGCCUUCCAUUCAGCUUGAGAGUUUUUCCAGCAAUACCAGCCCCAGCCAGGAUCACCCUGUCUACUCUGGUCACCCAUCUCUUCCACUAAGUGGUGCUAUUGCUGCUUUUGCCUCAGAGAUUGAAAACAAGGGGACUAUGGUAGAGACUACCUUGAAAGAACCUCAGGGCAACCUCUAUCAAUGGGGUCCCCUCCCUGGGAUGCCCAAAGACAACAGUCCUCUCACAGAGAAGUUUGGAAGUUUUCUGUGCCACAAGGAAAAAUUGAAUAUGAAGCCUGAGGGGCCUGAACGACACACAGACUUCUUGCUGCCCCAUGAGAGAGCUAGCCAGGAUGGCAGUGGUUUUUCCCGCAUUUUGAGCAUGUUGGCAGAUUCUACCAGUACACAGGAAAAAAGGCGCCGUAGUUUCCCUGACAUUGAGGAUGAGGAGAAAUUUCUCUAUGGGGACGAAGAAGAGGAUUUAAAGGCAGAAUCUCCACCAAAGCCCCUUGGGAGCUCUGAGAAUGAAGUCAUGAGACAGAAGGCAAGCUCCCUGCCCUCUUCAGCUCCAGCUGUAAAACUAGAAUCAAUAGAAGACACCAAUCCAGAAUAUGCCAAGAUUCAUGACUUGCUCAAGACCAUAGGGCUGGAUAUUGGGGUAGCCGAGAUUAGUAAACUGGCCGCACGCACUCAGGAACGACUUCAUGGCAAGAAACCAUCACGUUCCUCUGCUGACCGCCGUCCAUCAGUUGACCGGCACUUUUCAGCAGAACGCUGUUCCUCAGUUGACCACCAUUUCUCAGCUGAUCGGCAUUCCGCAGAGCCUCACAGACUGGAGAGCAGAGAGGCACACCAUAGCAAUACCCACUCCCCAGAGGUGUCCCAUCCACAUCCAGUCUCCCCUGUAGACCCUUACCUGCUCACAAAAAACAGCCCCCCAUUCCUAAAGUCUGACCAUUCAGUGGGUCAUAUUGCAGGACCAGAGGUGGUUGGCAGUGGAUUUCAGUCAUCUGUGGCAGUCAGAUGCAUGUUACCAUCAGCCCCAUCUGCCCCAAUUAGACUUCCACAUCCUGCUUCUUUAUCACAGUUUCAUAUGCCAAGGGCCUCUCAGUUUGCUGCAGCUCGGAUACCUCCUAACUAUCAGGGACCUGCCAUUCCCCCUGCUUCCUUUGAUGCCUAUAGGCACUACAUGGCAUAUGCAGCCUCCAGGUGGCCCAUGUACCCUGCCUCUCAACCAUCAAACCACUCUCUACCUGAACCACACAGGGUAAUGCCAGUUACCAAACAGCCUACUCGUAGCCGUCCCAAUCUCCGUGUGAUCCCCACUGUGACUCCUGAUGAGCCCAAGCAGGAGGAGUCAGUGCUAGGCUCAAUUCCUACUGCUCAAGUGCCUGUCCAGGUGUCCAUCCCAUCACUCAUAAGAUAUAAUCCGGAGAAGAUCUCUGAUGAGAAGAACCGUGCUUCCCAGAAGCAGAAGGUUAUUGAAGAGAGGGAAAAGCUAAAGAGUGACCGGGAAGCUCGCCAAAAAAAGAUGUACUACCUCAGGACUGAAUUGGAGCGGCUUCAUAAACAACAAGGAGAAAUGCUGCGCAAGAAACGAAGGGAGAAGGAUGGCCACAAAGACCCACUGCUGGUGGAGGUGAGUCGGCUUCAGGAUAACAUCAUGAAGGACAUUGCAGAACUUCGACAAGAAGCAGAAGAGGCAGAAAAGAAGCAGUCUGAACUGGACAAAGUGGCUCAGAUCUUGGGAAUAAACAUUUUGGAUAAAUCCCAAAAGUCUUCAAAUGACAGUAAAGAGACUACAGAGAAGGCUGGGAAAGCAGAAAAAUCUAAGAGCCCAGAAAAAGUGUCAUCAACCUCAAGCUCCUCUUCAAAUAGCAAGGAAUCCAAAAUAAACAGUGAGAAUUCCCAUACUAAGAGCCCCAAGCCUGCUGAGAGCCUCCAGCCAGCUGCUAAGCAUUCUGAUCAGCCCAUUGCUGCCUAUGAGUAUUAUGAUGCUGGCAAUCACUGGUGCAAAGACUGCAACACCAUCUGUGGGACCAUGUUUGACUUCUUCACUCAUAUGCACAAUAAGAAGCACACACAGACACUGGAUCCCUACAACAGACCUUGGGCUUCAAAGACCCAGAGUGAGGCCAAGCAAGAUGCUGUAAAACGUACUGACAAGAUAACUGUUCCUGCAAAAGGGUCUGAGUUUCUGAUUCCCAUCACUGGAUAUUAUUGCCAGCUCUGUGAGGAAUUUUUGGGGGAUCCAAUUUCCGGAGAGCAACAUGUGAAGGGUCACCAACACAAUGAGAAAUACAAGAAAUAUGUGGUUGAAAACCCAUUGUAUGAGGAGCGGCGGAAUCUAGACCGCCAAGCUGGCUUGGCUGUGGUCCUAGAGACAGAACGGCGACGGCAGAACGAGCUAAAGCGCAGACUGAGUGAGAAACCAAAGGAGGAGAAGAAAGAAAAAAAGGCAAAGGUCUUGAAGGAAGUAAAAGAGGAUGACAGAGUCUCUGAGGAAUUAGAGGACCAACUCUCUGAGGGUGGGAACUCCCCUGAAAAGGCUGAAAAUAAAAGGAAGGGUAGCAUCAAACUGCAAUUAAAGGAAGAGGUAAAGAAAGAAUCACCAACAUCUUUUGGGAAAUUCAGCUGGAAGAAGCCAGAAAAAGAGGAGGAAAAAAGUUCAAUGGUCCCAAGUAUUCCUAAGGAAGAGGUUGUGGAAAACAGUAAGGACAAAGAGGAUGGGAAAGCUGAGGCUGGGAAGGCAAAGCCCAUCAAAAUCAAGCUCUCUGGGAAAACAGUUGUUGCACAUACGAGCCCUUGGAUGCCCGUUGUGACAACUUCAACCCAGACUAAGAUCCGACCCAACCUGCCUAUCCCAUCCACAGUACUCCGCAAGUCAGGUUCAGCCACAGUGAGCAAGCCAGCUCCUCUUAACACCUUUCUGUCCAUCAAGUCCUCUGGAACUACUGCUAAGCCUCUGCCAGUGGUUAAAGAGUCUUCAGCUGAUCUUCUCUUGCCUCCUGAUAUCAUCUCCAAAGCAUUUGGUGGGGAAGAGGUGAUUCUAAAAGGGUCUCCAGAGGAAAAAAUGGUCCUGGCUGAAAAGAAUGAACCAUCCCAUAUACCUGAACAAGUGCUACCACCUCCUCCACCACCACCUCCGCCACCCCCUCCGCCACCCCCAGUUAUACCUCAUCUAGCUUCUCCAUCUCCUGCUCAGACAAAUGCUGUCUUGGCUCCAGUCAAAUCAAACCCAGCUGUAUCUCACACUCUCAGCCCUGGCUUCCUGGGUCCUAACAUUUUGAAUCCUGUGUUGCCAGUAGCCAUCAUGGCGUCGGCACAGCCAGCUGCCAUUCCUUCCGAUGAGACAGCUCCUGGGGUGAGUGAGAGUGACCGAGACCAGACCCUCUUCUCUGUGUUAGUGCGUCCUCCACCUCCCCUCUCAAGUGUGUUCAGUGAACAAGCCAAAAAAUUGGAAAAGCGAAAUUCAUGCUUAGCCACAGCCAAUGCUAAGGACCUAUAUGAUAUAUUCUACAGUAGUGGUGGAAAGGGGGCCCCUGAGACUAAGCUGAGUGGCGGUCUAUUGGCCAAUGGGGAAAAUAGCAAUCUUUCUAGAGUCGAAAGUUCGGACACCUCUUCCACUUCCACUUUGAACAACAGUACAUCCCAAGAGGGAUUGCCUCCAGAUAGAAGUUUGAUCUCUGCUCCUGAAAAGCCCACUGCAAAAACUCUGGUGUCCCUAGGGAAAUGGUCAGUUGUAGAACACACAGACUCAGAAAACAGAGGCAGUGGCUAUGGAUUCCUACAGCCUCUGACAAGGUUGUGCCAAAGCAGGCCUUACGAAACUAUUACCCCAAAGACAGAUACUUUGGCCAUGUGGACUUCUAGCUCCUUCCAGAGUGAUACUAAUAGGGAUAUAUCUCCAGGAGGAAAAAUCGAGCUUGAUCUCGGAGAACCAGGACCACCAGGUGUAGAGCCAGCCCCUCAGCUGUCAGAUAUGCACUGUCAUAUCAUGGAAUCUCAGAAGUUGGUAGAAACCCACCUUAUAGACUCUGGUAACCAGGAUGAGGAAAUUCAAGAGCUCCACAGAUCUAAGGAUUGUGAGGAAAGUGAGGUAGAGGUAAACAAUAGACUAAGAGAAAAGAGACCAAAGCUUUCUGAAGGGAUGGUAGGAGAGGAAACAGGUAUCAGUGCUGGGCCCAAUAGCAUAGAGGAUUCUAAUUUGAACCGUGGGGACAGAUGUACAUGGGAGGGAGAAAUAGAACAGUCUGAGUUGCAAAUGACUGACAAAAAGGCUGAACAGUCCAGGAAAUUGAUGACAGUGAGUGAAACUCAAAGUAAAGUAGUGAGUGACUUGAGUGCACAGGCUCUCUCUUCCACAAAGGCAAAAAUAGACUCAUUUCCACCAGAAGCUAGGUCUUUACUCCAGAACCCACAAGAUAUACCUGUGAAAGUUUCUGCUCCGGAAUUGCUUCUCCAGUCCCCAGCCAGAUCAGAUAUGUGUUUAACAGAUAGUGCACAGGAACAAGGAGUUUCAACUGGUAAUGAAGAGUGGCUAGAAAAUUCAGCUCCAGAAUCUUCUUCCAGGACAAGUUACAGAAGCCUCAAACUCCAGAGAGAAAGCUCAAAAGACUUGCAGGGUAAAAUGAUUUAUGAACUGACUGUUUGGGAUGAAAAUAAUAAGUCAGAGACCUGGGAGAGCCCAGAGAAACCAGAAACAGAAACCCUGGAGCUACAAGAUGUCCAUCCAGAAUUAACAGUGACAAUAGAAAGCAAGGCCUUAGAAGGCUUUGCAGUUACAGACUUAAAAGUAGAAGAGCUUGCUGCCCUGGGGAACCUGGGGGAUAUGGGUGUUGAUUUCUGCAAUACUCGGGUAGACCAAGCACAUAGAUCCCCAAAUGUCCUGUCUCAGAAAGUGUGUGAAGAAAAUUCUAUGUCACCUAUAGGAUGUAAUCCCUCCACUCUCCCUGACUUGGAACCAAUCCCAUCCUUUUCUGAGUUUCCAUUAGAUUCUCCCAAAACCCUGGUGCUUAACUUUGGAGCAGAAGGUGAACAAAACUCAUCUAAUCCCAGAAGUGGAAGGAUCACCCCUAACAUUUUGAAAACUGGACUUCCUAUAGAAAAUGUUAACCUUGGUUUGGGGAGCUUAGAGGGAACACACCAAGCACUUGACCUAUUAGCAGGAGGAAUGAUGCCUGAAGAAGUGGAAGAAACUUCUCAAUUAGAGAAACAAGAUUCACUCAGAUUGGAAUCGGAAACAAUUAAUCCUGCAGGCCUUGGGCCAUCUCCUUGCCUUCCAGACCUUGUUGAAUUUGUCACACGGACAUCUGGAGUUCAAAAAGAGAAGAUAUGUUCUCCUCUUUCUGAGCCAGGUGACCCUCCUAAGUGUAGUUCCCCGGAGACGGGACCACUACAGCUAGAAAUACCGAAAGUAUCCAUCACACAUCUAGCAAUUCCUCAAAUAGAUGAGGACACUGACCACCCUUUGAAUUUGGCAAAAUCUCUGGCUUCAGGGUCUCCUACAAGGGAGCAAAUAGUUGGAGGCAAUAUGGUCCCUCAGGAAAUAACUGCACAAGAAGCUUCAGUUGCUGCCACCCAGGACCACACAGAAUCCAGUGUUCAUGACUAAAAGUACACAUCCAGAGCUACUUGUGGAUGAAUCAAAUUGGCUUCUAGAAACCAGGUGCCCAGAUGAUCCAGGACUAGUUGGCUAUCUCAUCUGGAACCUACACCAAGAGAUGCAGUAAGCAUCUUACAGUAAAUGUUCAUGGAAGCCAAAAGUUUACCUCUUUCCUUUUUUUUUCCUUUUUUCUUAAGAUACCAGACAAAUCAGUCAUAACUUCUAUACAUAUCUGUAAAAAAGUAUUUUUCUGUUAUUAUUAUUAUUUUUAUUUUUAUUUUUUGCCAAUUUGCUUUCUCCUACUUUGUCAUUAAAAUCAAAUGUCUGUCUGGCUCACCACAUAGUGUGCUUUGAUUGAUUGUAUUUUGGCUUUGACUCUGCCAUUUCUGGAAUGUGGGGGAGGAGGGAGACAGAGAGCUGACUUCGAUUGCUAUGUUGUAUUCCUACCCAAUUUCCUGGGCAGCUGAUGGAUCUCUGGGAGAAACACCAGAAAGCCUGCUGAAAUGGAAAACUAAUGAAGGAAGGAUUGUUCAUCUCUUAGGCUUCCAUUUGGAUGGGCCUGCCUUAACAUUGUUUGAAAUGCAGCGUGAGUAGCUCUUUUGUUUACUGUUUACUUCCUUGUGCCAUGUCAACCCCACACUUCCUUUAUCCUGUUGCCUUUGCUUGAAAUGGUCCUGCUAACCCACAAACCUGUUUGGAGAUAGCCUCAAUAAAGGAAGAAAAUCUAGCAGGUUCACUUUUGGAAGACGACAAAUCGGUAAGGCUUAUUCAUGGCUCAAUGCCAGGAGCAGAUAUGCUUUUUGGGUCACUUUUAUUUUUGAAACAGCCUUUGUGUUCAUUGUAUUGUGAUCCAGUAACAUUUUGUGUUAAAUUGUGUAGCAGCCAUUUCUGUUCUGAAGAGGUAGAAGAGCUGAAACUUGUUUUGGGAUUGGACUCAUUCUCUGUUCCACAAUCCAUAUGUGUUCUUUCCUCUACCUCUCCCUUUCCCAAGUUAUUUCCACCAUAGUGUGAUGUUUGGGGUUGUACAUUUUGUUCAAAAGAUUAAAGAAUUUAUAAGUUGGCUUGGACAAGUUUAAUUUUAUUUUUAAUGUGUUAAUUACUUGGAAUAAAUGCAUUAACCUCAUGUUUCUUUCUGGAUUUUGUUUUGAAAACCACACACAUUUGAACUCCACAGGAAAACUAGAACAAUGAACUCCUGCCGUCCUGUUGUCUAUCUCCUCCCUCCCAGUUGUUUUUUCCCCCCAUUUGUUAGGGCUGCUUCCGUCAUGUCAGAUUGUUAAAUUAUGUAGUCUGUGCCCAGUGCUGCCUGGGUGGGUAGUGAGUAGGCAAUAGUGGUCUGGUUUUGGCAUCUUCCUAUUGUGAAGCUUUUCAUAAACUCUUAUAUUGGCUCUCCCUGUGCUCUGGAAGCUGAGCUCCCCAUAGAACAUUCAUGUUCUUGCUGAAGGUGCUCUUGGGGAUCAGAAAGCUUAGUCCUCAGAUUUUUUUCUUUUCUUUUCUUUUCUUUUCUUUUCUUUUCUUUUCUUUUCUUUUUUUUAAUGUUUAUUUUUGAGAGAGACAGCGCAUGAGCAAGGGAGGGGCAGAGAGAGAGAGGGAGACACAGAAUCUGAAGCAGGCUCCAGGCUCCGAGCUGUCAGCACAGAGUCCAACACAGGGCUCGAACUCAUGAGCCGUGAGAUCAUGACCUGAGCCAAAGUCGGGUGCUUAACCAUCCCCCCAGCCCUCAGAUUUUCUGAUCUCUGUCCCAGUUUCCUCUUUACUUUCUUGUUGUCAGAAAUUUAUAACCUGGCUCAACAGAGGCUUCAGAGUCUUGUUUUCUACCCACACCCUCAAAAAUAAUGCAAAGUUGCUGAUCUUUUUUCCUAGGAAUUUUUUUCCCUGUUAACUUGUGUGCAGAGCUGCAGAAUCCUAGGUUGAGUUUGGGGAGGCUAUUUACUUUUUCUAAAGCCUUGACUAAUGUCUACUUAGAAGAUGUCCUGGCCUUUGUUGUUGUUCAUGUUGUGGAAAGGGCACAUAUUUGGGAGAGUUAAGUCCUUGAAUGUUCCUCAGCCAUUUGCCUUGCUGUGAUAUUGGACAAGUUACCACACCUCCCUGUGCCACAGGGAUUUUUUUUUCCCCCUCCUUUAAGAUGAGGAUCAUUAUCUCCAUUGCAGCACCAAAUGUGUCCAGGGUCAUGCCAUCCCUAGUAGUCUUCCUAGGCCUGCUUUUUAGGCUGAAGCUUGAGUUUAAUGCACUUUCCUGGCCCAGAAACCAUAGACUGACUCAGAAGGUGCCCUUUAGAUGAACGUAAACCCAGGUGAGCUUCGGAGAUGUAUUUGUUUUUCUGGAGAACUACUCCUUCCCUAUUCUGGCAGCCUAUCUACAGGAAUCAGAGAACCUAAGAGUUUAAAAUGCCAGAUAUUACUUAGUUCAUCUCCCUUUGGGGACAGAUGGUUGGGUUUAGAGUGGAGAGGGGUUAAUCCUGUCCAUAUCUCUUACCCUUAUUCUAUAUCUGAGGGAGUCAGAAUCUUCCUCUUUAGGUUAGGAGAGGGACACUGGAGAACGGUAGGGAAGAGAAAAGAGGCAAAAUCUAGGCAGUACAGAACUAAUUCAAGUAGCUGUGGCUGGAGUACUUUGAAUUACUUUCUUGUACUUGAUAACUUCAGGCUUUUUCUAGAAUAGUGAGUGGAUUCCUGCUUGUAAGAAACAAUAGUAUUCUUCGUAUCUGCCUUGAACUAGCAGAAGGAGAGCCUUUAGGAUUCUGUAGUCUGGGCAGGAAGUGUUGCUGGCUUUCUCUUUGAUCAGUAGGAUCUAGCUUUGAGCCCAUCUAGAGAAGCCUUGUGAUAGGAAAGGCAGAACUCUAACCCAGUUGCCAGCAUCUAAAAGUAGGGCCUAUUUUUAUUCAGCACUAUCACAGCACUGAAUAAAUGUUCACCUUAGGAGACAGGCACAUGCAAGGAGUGGGCCCUAAUCUUUAUAUGUCGCUUAUGGUGUCAGAGAUAACUAUUUUAAUAUUCUGCAAACAUCAGAAAGUUUUUAUUGGAAUCUCUCAACUGUGAAAACAAAUUAUCAGUAGUUAGGUUUAAAUUUGGGCAAACCUAAUUUUACCUAAUUUGUGUAAAUAACCCCCCCAAAUUCCACUUGGCUUUGUGAACGGAGACCUUUUGCUUCGUAAGCCAUCUUCCUCCUAUUCACAGGGCAAAUAAUACUCUUAGUCUUUGUGGUAAGUAUUCCCAUUUUACCUAAUACAGCUUCAUCUCUAAAAAAAAUUAAAAUCAAAAAGCUAGCUAAUGCUUUGGUACCAAAGCAUGCCAGGACAUGUGUCCAUUUAUCAACUGCCAGAUUCAGGGACUGCGGAAGAAUGGUGAGGGGUUGGGCAGCAGGGAUGGUUGGACAUACAAAAACAGGCAUCCUAUAGGGACAUUAAGUAUGUGAUUAAAAAAUAAAAAGUCAGAGGCAUGUUCAGAGAGGAGACAGCCUAUAAUAGAAGUGAGAUGGGUAUUUUUUUUUUAAUGAUUAUUUUUAAGAGAGAGAGCAUAAGCAGGAGAGGGGCAAAGAGAGAGGGACAGAGGAUCUGAAGCAGGCUCUGUGCUGACAGCAGCAAGCCUGAUAUGGUACUUGAACUCAUGAGAUCAUGACCUGAGCCAAAAUUGGAUGCUCAACCAACUGAGCCAUCGAAGCACCCUGUGAGAUGGGUUUUUAAAAAAUACACCUGAGGCACCUGGCUGGCUCAGUCAGUAGAGUAUGCAUCUCUUGAUAUCGGGGCCAUGAGUUCAAGCCCUAUGUUGGAUCUAGAGCUUAUGUAGAAAAUAAAUAUCCCUAAACUUUGGUUCUCACCUUAACAAAACAUACCUGCCAAGCUUGGGAUAAGAGAGAACCUAAGCAAGGUCUUCAUUUAUUAACAAUUUUGUGAGAACAUGGACAAAUGAAAAUAGUUUGGGAUUGUGAACACAUUUCUUUAGAGUUUAAUUUUGUAAUAACAUUUAUGGAAUUUUUAAUCAAAAAAGUUCUGUAUAUGGUAACUGUUCAUUGAUAAGCCAAGCGCUGGAACUGAUAAUGAAAAUCUAUCAUUUAAAAAAAAAAAUCACUCCCAUCCUGGUUUGCCCUCAAUGCUUAUACACUUUCAGAGGACUCUGUAUGUUUUCAUUGUAGCAAUUAAUGUUUUAAUUUUACAUUUAUGUGUUUAUUUGAUCAAUAUAUGCCUUCCCCCACAACUAGAUUAUAAACUCUCCAAAGCAAGAAGUUUGUCUUUGCUUACAGUUUUUUCAUGAUUGUAUUCCCAGUGCACAGUUGCCUGACCCACAUAAGAGUGCUCAAUAAAAAUUCGUUAAAAGAA